AGAGCGACGGCGGCAGAGUAUAGGGGGUUCGACCUGCUGGCUGUUCAGCCGACCACAGAGAAGCUGUUCCACGCAGCCUGUAUGAUCUGUGACGUGGACAUCAUCUGUAUCUCAGUGACGGAGAAACUCCCGUUUAUCUUCAAGAGAGCGCCGGUCAACGGGGCCACAGAGCGAGGCGUUGUGUUCGAGGUCUCGUACGCUGCAGCGCUCAGAGACUCCACCAGGCGGCGCUACACCAUCGCUAACAGCACCGCGCUGAUGGAGAGCUGCAGGGGCAGGAACGUGAUCCUGAGCAGCGCCGCAGAAACGCCUCUGGAGCUCAGAGGGCCCUAUGACAUCACCAACCUAGGUUUGUUGUUCGGUCUGACAGACGGAGAUUCUAAAGAUGCCGUUUCCUCCUCCUGCCGAUCAGUGGUGCUGCACGCAGAAAGCCAGGAAACUGCGAGCGGCAUCAUCUACACAGUGCAGCACCCGGAGGCCCCGCCCACAAAGACAACCGGUAGACACAGGUGACCCUCCUGCAGCCAAGAGAGCCAAGCCUGGCGCGGUGAUUGACAGCUGAGGGGCGGGACUAAGUGAUUUAUUGUUCUAGGCAUCCCAUAAUCAUCCUGAAUGAUCUCUUUGCGUUGAAUGUUUCUCAUGUGUUUUGUGAAUAAAGUUUAUUUCUUUAUUGAACAGGAAA